AUGGAGGAAGACGAGGGGACCGAGGAGCAGGAGCGAUUCUCCCACCGGCAGAGGCUAAAAGCAGCAGUGCACUACACUGUCGGUUGUCUUUGCGAGGAUGUCGCAUCGGACAAAGAAGUGCAGUUCAGCAAGCAGACCAUUGCAGCCAUCUCAGAGCUGACCUUCCGCCAGUGUGAACAUUUUGCCAAAGACCUUGAAAUGUUUGCAAGACAUGCGAAAAGAAGCACAAUUAACACUGAAGAUGUGAAGCUCUUAGCCAGGAGGAGUAAUUCACUGCUAAAAUAUAUCACAGAGAAAAAUGAAGAGCUCACUCAGUUUAACAUAGAGCAAAGAGCGAAGAAGAAGAAGAAGUUAGAGGAUGACAAGACAAAGUCAUUGGCACCGGCAGAGGCUGCAGCCUCAGGAAGGGACAGUUUGGCUCUGUCGCCAGGGGCAGAAGCAGCCUUCGGGGAGGGCCGCCAGGAGCAGGUGAGGCCCUGA